AUGGAUGCGGGUGGAUUGACGGACAAGGCCAAACAAAAUCGACUCCCGUUUCCCCCGGUCACCAAAAGGCAUAUAAUGAACUGCUCAUAUCACAGCUGGCAUCCCAAAUACCGAACAAUUACACCCAAAGCACGCCUCAUUCCCUUGCCUGGCGCAUUCCUCGAGUAUCUUCGCGCAGACGGAAUAGUCCUCCCUCCCGAGGAGGCAGACAAUCCAGAAUGGUCAGAUGGAGACAGUGGUAUCUUUUCCGGUGCCGACAACGAGGCAGGCGACGACGGUGACGAUGACGAGAAUUUCGACCCAUCUACUCAGUGGCGAAAUACACAUGAGGAGGUCGCGAGGAUCAUAGAAGAGUUGGGCGGCAAGGUUGCGCCGAAGUUGAACUGGUCGGCACCGAAAGAUGCGACCUGGAUAAAUGCAACGAACAGCAUGCAGUGCAGCACUCCGAACGAUAUCUACCUGAUGUUAAAGUCCAGCGAUUUCAUCACACAUGACCUGCAACAAGUUUUCGACGACACGGAGCCUGACGACCCUACUGACACGAACUCCGAUCCAGUGGCAUCCGGCAUCUCAUCAAUACCGUAUCAUCUAAUCCUCCGGAAGUGGAUUACCCUCAAUCCGUCAGUCGAGUUCCGAGUCUUUGUCCGCAAUCGUAAAAUCAUUGCCAUCUGCCAGCGUGACUUGAAUCAUUUCGACUUUCUAUUUAGCAUGCAGGACAGGUUACGUCAAGAAAUUCAAGACUUCUUCAGCAUUCGGAUAAAAGAUACUUUCCCAGACGACAAUUUCACAUUUGACGUCUACAUCCCGCCACCCCAUAACCGCGUCUGGCUGAUUGAUGUCAACCCCUGGGCUCCUCGAACUGAUCCGCUAUUGUUCGCAUGGCUGGAGCUCCUCGAGAUGCCUGAGCCUGCGGAUCCCGUUUCAUACUCAACGGAUGAGUCGGAGGAGGAUGAGGUAAUCGAGCCUCUGUUCGUGCCAGAGUUUCGACUAGUGAGGAAAGACGAUCCAGAAGCAUAUGGCUUCGUAACCCCACAGUUCAGCGCCCACAAAAUGCCGAAAGAUGUAGUAGACGCAAGUCAAGGCGGCGAGGGUGUUUUGCGGGAAUUUGCAAACAAUUGGAAGGAGGCGCAGCGUCUUGCGGAGGAGCAGAGGAGAGAAGAUAGCGAGGACGAUUGA